AUGGGCAAUAUCGAAAGUGAAGAAGAGGAAACUCUCCCAGAAUUGAAAUCAAUGAAAUUUAUUGUUAACAAAGGGACUUACAAAGUUUAUCAAAAUCUUCAGAAUAAUAAAUUUUACGAUUUCUGGUUUCAAAAAUCAAGUGAUCACAAUUUUGAAGAGGAAAUGGAAAUAGCAAAUCGAAUUAAAAAAGAAAAUCUAUCAGGAGUUGCUUAAAUUCAUACUAUCCAACGAAACUCAAAAGAAACACUGUUUAAAAAGUAUUAUUGUUUGAAUCUUCUAACAGAGCAUCCUACCUAUACACUUAAAGAUUAUAUAUAAAAAAAAGCUAAAAAUAAAUGCUUAACUCCAGACCAAAUCACUGAUCUCUUCGUAGCCAUCACAAAUGCAUAAUACAUGCUAGGUUCAAAGAAAUAAUAUUUGGGAUUUGACAAUAUCUAUACAGAUGAUGGAAGAAUCUGGAAAAUCAAGCCCUUCCUUAAAACAAUUUCAUUCUAUUAAGAAUUAUUACAACACAAAUCUAAAAAUCUAGACUCUUUUGAGAUGUCUGGAUUCCCCUCGCCUGAAGAAUUCCAUUAAAUCAACUGCGACAUAGAUAGAGUUUAAAUUUUUGGCUUAGGCAUGCUCUUAUUAGAAUUGAUCACAAAAAAGAAAAGCAAAGACAUUUAUUAGAGAUAUACAAUCGAUGAAGCACUCUUGCAAGAAAGAAUAAACAGUUUACAAGGAGAAAAAUAAAAAUAUCGUGGAAGAUUGAUUGAGUUUGUGACUGACACUUUAGACCUUGAUUUGGUAAGAAGACCAAACUAUCGCUAAUUAUCGACCUUUUUGAACUCACCAGAGUCGAAUAUUAAUUCUGAAUUCAUUAAUUAACAAGUUCAACCCAUAGAUCAAAAUAAGCCUGUAAAUUACAGUUCAUUUAAUCCAUCAGAGAGUCAAAUCUCUGAAGCAAAUAUAGAUUUUCAAUAUUCCAGGGUUGAACAGUUAUUAAACAGUAAAAUUAAUGAUCAUAGAAUAAAAAAUAGUUAUAAACCAAAACAGAAUUAAUCUAAUUAAACUGAUUACAAUUAUUAUGGUCUUCGUCGCAAUGGCCUUUAUCAUGGACAAGCUAAACUUUUCACAAAGACAAAUAUGUUAAUAUAUGAAGGAGAGUUUUGUGAUGGAAAAUACCAUAAUUUUGGUACAUUAAAAUAUUUUGAUACAAUAUAAUUGAAAGAAAACUUCAAUUACAAGGACUGCACUAAUAUAGAGAAAUAUGCUGUUUCCUAUGAGGGGUCCUUUCAACACGACAUAAAACAUGGAGAAGGUAGAUUAACCUUAACAAAUGGAGAAGUUUUUGUUGGCUAAUUUGUCAAUGGUGUUAUUGAUGGCUAUGGUUCAUUUCAACCCAAUAAUCAAUAAAAAGUUAUAGGAAUCUGGAAGGAUGGUAUAUUUUAAUCUAAUUCCUCAAUUCUUCAAUCAUUCGACAAUCUAAAUGUUAGGGCCUCUGAAAAUUUCAACAAGUCAGAAAUAAAGGGAAGAUAAUAAUUAGAAUCUUAAGAGUUAUUCAACUCUUAAAAUUAAAUGAACUCCUCGGACAUCAAUGACAAUAAUUUACCAAAAUUAUAUUAUGAUGAUUAGAAAACACUGAUUAAAUAUGUAGGUGAAAUGAAUCAAGGCAAAAUGAGCGGUUAAGGCAAGUUAUUCUUUAUGGAUGGGAAACUUAAAAUAUAUUGGAGACUUUGA